CUGGAAACCACAAUGGCCAGACGCGUAUGAGGGAGCGCCUCUCAGCAGCUCACAGCAGCGCGGCGGAGCCACCGACACACAGGAAUAUCGCAUUUUCCUCCCUCAGGUUGAAGGUUAAUGUGGUAUUUGGAGCAGCUCUCUGGGCUAGUUGUCAGUCGCCGUGGAUUCCUGAGGCCUGUCUCUAUAGCAACCCAUUCCUCCUCCUGAGCACUGCUGCCAACUUACCCUUUCUGCCACGCUUCCUCAUCCUCCAGCCCAAUCACCAUCUCUGACCACUGUUGGAAUGGACACCGAGUCGACCCACUCUGGCUACUCCUAUCACUCCAGCCGCUCCGGGAGAUCAAACCGGCAUGGAGAGCGGAGCCGUGAGCGACACAAAGCCAGCAGCAGCAAAGACAGCGUCCGCUCUGAGAGGUCCGUCGUCAUUAAUCCCCCAGACUCACCUUCUCAAGACUCCCCCGUCCACAACGGAGAGCCGCUGCCUGGAGAACCCACACCAGCAGCCGAUCAUGAGGAUGACGCCCAGGACGAUAACUGGGGAGAAACUACCACAGCUGUGACGGGCACUUCGGAGCUCAGUGUUUCCCAGGAGGAAGUGGUGGGAUUAGGAAAGGAGAUUCAGGACCGGACCCAUAGCUUCCGCCGAUAUCUCCCCCUGGCUGUGGGCCUGUGUGUGGGGCUGCUGGUGGUGGCCACACCUUUGGUCUUCCUGCUUCUUCCGGGGCUGAUGUGGCCUGACAGACUGCAGGCUUGUGGUGCAGCCUGCGAGGGCCUCUUCCUCUCCAUCUCCUUCAAGCUGCUCAUUCUCCUGGUUGCUGUUUGGGCUCUGUUUCUGAGGCAGGGCCGGGCCUGCCUGCCAAGGGUGUGUGUGUAUCGUGCCUUCCUGACCACACUUACUCUCUUGCUGACCAUGUCUUACUGGCUGUUCUAUGGAGUCCGGAUUCUUGAUGCACAGGACGAGGAUUAUCAUGGCAUCGUCCAGUUUGCCGUGUCCCUGGUGGACUCCCAGCUGUUUGUCCACUACCUGGCCGUGGUGCUGCUGGAGCUGCGCCACCUCCAGCCCUGCUACAGCAUCUGUGUCAUCCGCUCCACGGACGGAGAGACGCGUCACUACAACGUAGGACAGCACAGCAUUCAAAGAGCUGCUUUGUCUAUUUUGGAGUAUUACUACAGAGAUUUUUCCCUCCACAAUCCUGCACUUCUCUCGGCCUCUAAGCACCGGGCUGCCAAGCACCUGGCCGGGUUAAAGGUCUACAACGUAGAUGCCCCCGGGAGCACAGCGGCAGCUCAGCCCAGUAAUGGGAAUCAGUCACGGGCUAUGGUCACGGCUGCAGGCAAACGCAAAGACAACGCACACAAUGAGCUGUACUAUGAGGAGGCCGACUACGAGAGAAGAGUUCGCAAACGGAGAGCCAGGCUGGUAGUGGCUGUAGAGGAGGCCUUCACGCAUGUCCGCCGCAUGAAGAAAGAGGAUGAGAAUGCAACACCGUCAGACAUCAUGGAUGUGCGUGAAGCAGCUUUGGCCAUAUUUCCCUCUAUGGCUCGAGCCCUGCAGAAAUACCUCCGUACGACCAGGAGACAGCACUGCCACAGCAUGGAGAGCAUCCAGAAGCACCUGGCGUUCUGCCUCAUAAAUAACAUGAGCCCCAAGGCCUUCCUUGAAGCCUACCUAGUUCCUGGCCCCACCCUGCAGUACAGCCCCGAGCGUUGGAUGGCAGAUCAGUGGACUUUGGUCAGCGAGGCUUCGGUCACCAGUGGCAUUAAGGAGGGUACCGAGUUCCUUCUGAAAUGUCUUGACUUCAGCUUAGCUGUCACUGUCAAAGGCAUCCCUUACAUCCGUUUGACGGAGGAGUACAUCGACCCCAAGUCCCACAAAUUCUUACUGCUGCUCCAAUCAGAAACCUCUGUUUGAUAGCAACGACAGUUGGUCAGCGCUGCUGCUCUGGACGAACAGAACUGUCAGUUAUUCUGCUGAAUUUUUUUAGUCUAGAUUUUUGUACUGUUUUUGUACUUAUGUGUCUAAUUUUCUCACCUAGAACAUCUUUGUCUUUGUCAUGGGAGACUUGAAAGAAGAAGGAUUACAAAAUUAGGGGGAAAUAGGCCUCAAUUUCUGUGGACAUUUGAAGGACGCUGUCUGAAUAUUCCUCUAUGCACUACAGAUGACCCUCACAAAUAUCCACCUUUUUCCUCUGUUUGCAUGUGCUUGCGUGUAUGCUGAUAUAGAAAAGCUUGGGUUUUUAGAAAGAAUGUGUGGCUUUAAGACACAGGAGUCUGAGUGCUCGUGGGGUUUUUCACACUGGUGUGUCUUAAAUUAUUUGAUAUAAACUAAAACUCUUUCCAUUCUGACUAUUUUUUUAAGUUCUUUUCUUCAUUUUUACUUGUAGCAUUUUUAUUUAUAAUUGUCAAGUACUUACAUAUGUACAGUAUUUAUAUGUGAAUACAUUCUAUCCUAACAGACUUUUUAUACCAAAACCGUGCAACAUUUGAUUUUUUAAAUAUAUAUAUUGUCUUUUUUUUACACUUUAUUAUCUGUGCUUCAUCUGUUGAUGUACCCGGACUGUAAAUACCUGAUACUGUUACAUUACAUGUCAGGAGUCUGAUGAACAGACUACCAAUGUCAGUAUAACUGAAAAGACAUAUCCUAGGUUUGGAUUUGAACAGCUCAAUGUAUGCAGCUUACACUGAUCAUUCUGUUGGUCUUGUUGGUUCAUGUUUUUACAUCUGUUAGAUUCAAAACCUUUGCAUAAUUCAUCUAAACAAUUUACAAAUUUUGUUCAAUUUUUAAUGGUUCUUCCCUUAAUUUUGGAUUCAAUAUUAAAGCACUUCAGCCAAGAAUUUAAUGGACCAAUAAAUUAGAUUUUAUAACUAAAUUUGAGGAGACAUUUUGACAUAUUUAUGAUUUUUUGUUCCUCUGCAGUUCAUCUACAAAAUUAAUAGUAAGUAAUCUCUUGCUGGUAGUGGUUAAGCAAGUGUGGAAAAUGAAUAAUUGAGUGUGAUUUAGCUCAGCUCCUUGUCAGUAUUUUAUCUGUUACUCUACUGCCACCUACCUGCCACAACUGGAACACUGUGCUGGGCUUUUUAUUCUUAGGAGUAUUUGAUCGGUAUUUUUAAAGCUUUUUGUAUUUAUGAGGUUUGUUGUGUCGUAAAUUUCUGAAGAUGUACUGUGCUCACUGACAGUGUGGUUUUGUUGAAAACUGUUUAGGAGUGUUGGCUGGUUAUAAAUACCUUCUCUUCUUUAAUACGCACGUGCCUCGGUUCAAAAAACACUUGCUAUACUCCAUGUUUAGGAUGUGCUUGGAUUACUGGUACAAUUAUGUGUGUCUGUGAACAUGGCAAGGAAAAGAGUCAUUUCCUUCCUUGAUUUGAUGCAGUUGGCAAGGCACGCCUGUUGGGUCCUUUUUAUACAACAAAUCAUGUCAAAUCACAGCACCUGUGGCAAAGUUAGUAAAAAAGUAAAAUAAAUAUUUGUAUUGAC